ACGACCCAGGAUGGUGGAUCUCCGAGUGACUUCAGUAAUUAUUCUACUGAUUGUGCUGUAUUUUAGUGCUACCUUUGGCAAAGAAAUUGCCCGCUACGAUAACUACCGGAUUUAUCAGGUUCUUGCCGAAACAAAAUUACAUUUUCGUGUAUUGAAAGAACUUGGCGAUUCAAGUGACAGCUUUAUAUUUUUGGAUUCUGGUCAUAAAAUUGGAGAUAACUUUAGUAUUGUUGUGGCACCACAUAAAUUAGCGGAUUUCAUUGAAACGUUGGAACAUUACAACAUCAGCCACCGUUUGGUGCAGCAUAAUGUACAACAGUUGAUUGACGAGGAACGCAAUCGAAUCGAAACAAAACGUGCAUCAGGUGCUUUUGGGUGGUCAGACUAUCAUACUCUAGAUGAAAUCAACGCAUGGUUAGAUAAACUGGCUUUGGAAUACGAUCAGGUCGAAGUAGUCGAAGGAGGAAGAUCAUAUGAAAAACGUACGAUCAAAGGUGUUAAAGUUUCGUACAAGGAUGGAAACCCUGGGAUUUUCCUAGAAGGUGGUAUGCACGCCCGAGAAUGGAUUGCUCCUGCAACGGUAACCUACAUUUUGAACCAAUUACUCACCAGUAACGAUACAAAUGUACGAAAAAUUGCCGAAAACUACGAUUGGUAUGUUUUUCCGAGUGUUAAUCCCGACGGAUACGUGUACAGUCACAAAGUAAAUCGUUUCUGGCGUAAGACCCGAACUCGGUACUUCGGAGGUUGCUAUGGAGCAGAUCCCAACCGCAACUGGGAUUUCCACUGGAGAGAAAAAGGAACGGAUAAUCGGUGCUACUCGGAUACUUACGGAGGGCCAAAAGCGUUCUCGGAAUUGGAAACCAAAACUCUAUCGGAGUACAUUCGAUCACUGGAGGGAAAGAUUCAGACUUAUAUAGCCUUCCAUUCGUACUCGCAGCUGCUUUUGUUCCCCUAUGGACACACGAGUGCGCACACGGAAAACCACGACGAUUUGAACUACAUUGCGAAUGCGACUGUUACGGCACUGGCACAGCGAUAUGGAACUGAAUACACAUAUGGAAACGUCUACGAAGCUAUAUAUCCGGCGAGCGGAUCCAGCUUCGAUUGGGUAUAUGGCACAUUGGGAGUGAAGAUUGCUUACACGUACGAAUUGCGUCCAAGCUCUGACUCCUGGAACGGAUUUGUAUUGCCACCAUCUGAGAUUGUUCCCACUGGGGAGGAAACACUGGAUUCUUUAGUGACGUUAGUGGGAGAAUCAGCCAAGAAGGGGUACUAUGACAUCAAUUGAACUAAACGGUCUGAUCGGAUAAUGUAAUUACUAAUAUUUAUUUGCUAUAGUUGUUCGGGAUGUAUUGAUGAUUAGAUUAAAGUGCAAUAAAUGUGA